CCAAGGCUCGGUAUCUAACACCACCCUUCUUUGCAAUGCUCCGCAGAAGCGAUGAAACUCCCUUCAUGUCAAUACCCAGGGCAAAAUAGACGAACCGAGUCGCCGCUUGGAUUACAUCAUCUCAGUGCGACAGGCCUCAGUGUACAGUAGAGUGCAGUCCUGCAGGUAGAAGCUGGAAAUGGGCGAGCCGCCGUUGAGGGCCGUGGUACCAGAGUCUCUGAACAAUAAUGUACGUGAGUGACGCAGUUAAAGACCACCAGCACAUUUCUGCCGUAGAGUCACAGUGUUUGCAAGAGUGCGUCUUCUGACCGACUGGCGUCGUUAGUUUCAAAGCUAGCGGGCUAAUGUUAGCGAGCGGGGCCAGGCCCAGCGAAGAGUUCACUACAGUGUUUUUGUUAGCAACGCCAGUUAAAGUGCUAAUGAGGCGGAUGUAACUGGUGACGCGUACCAGCAACAGAAACAACAAAACCCGCGUAAAACAACCCAGUGCGUUAGAAAUCCGGACUGUUUUUAGUAGCACACUAAACCUAAGCAUAGCCUAUAGACGUUAGCUACCUGCAUUAACAUCAUGACUUCCAGGAGGACAGGCUAUGCUGGUAGCAUGGAUUCCUCCCCGUCAAACAGCGGCAGCAGCUCGGUCCACAGUGGAAAUCGUAAACAAAGUAUAAUUAACAUUCCCGACAGGACCGGGGCAGAGUCCUGUUAUGACCGGAAACCGGACAAGACAGGAUACGGAGCUUCGCAGGGCAACAUGACUGUAACGUCGCUGAAAUCCCGUCUGGCCCCGACCAUUCAAACUGCCAUGUCCGCUGCAGUGGACACUCUGCUGGGCGAAGUGGUGCUUGUGCUCAAUGAGACUCAGCAGGAGCUGCUGCACAAGGAGCAGGAGAAUGAAAGACUCAAAGUGCGUCUCGAGGUGUCAGAGAGGGAGUUGAAGACUUUACAGGAGUGCCUGUGUAGUGCUCAGAAGCUCAUAGAUCAGCUUCAGAUCUCAUACUCGGGCCCUCAUACGAUUAAUCAGUCGGUUUUCGCCCCAUCGCUGUCUUCCAUGGCUUCACUGACUUCAGGCUUGGACCGGGACCACCAGAACCCCCGGAAUGUGAACGGAGCCGGUGUUGACUUGGGUCUCGGUGGAUCUGUGGAUGAAUCGCUUCAUGGGUUUGAGCCCAGAGAUGACUACAAAAUGUGCCAACUUUCAAUCCAACCAGAUGGCUCUGUAACUAACCACGCUAUGGACUCCUUCGCAUCCGACACUUCUCACAUGUGCUCCGAUUCCAGCAGGCCAGAUGAGAGGCAGUCUCAGGGACCAGGUGGAGCAUCCAGGUUUGAGAUUAAAGAGGAGCAGGGACCAGCUUCAGGCUCCGGGCAGCCCAGCAGGAAGGAGUCUGGGUUGCGUAAUGACAACAGAGUCGGAGACGGAGAACGAUCGACCCACAACGUGGGUGACCUUGGAUACGUUCAAGUUGCGGAGGGAGGUUCUCAGCGUUCCUUUACUCACCCCCUGCGGCACCAGAGGCCUGUGCGCGAAUGCAGCGCUGCCAUGCAGCAGGAUGGACUUGAUGGACAGAAAGUGUUGGCUAGGACUUCUGGAGCUGGAAGAGGAGACAGUGUUUCCCCGGGCAGAGCAGAGGACUCGGCAGGACCUUCAGCCCCUGACACAGCAGGUGAGCCCUCGGGAGAUCGGCCUCACCACUGUCUGGAGUGUGGAAAGACCUUCCGCUUGAUCUCCAGCCUGAAGAAGCACAUCCGCAUCCACACAGGAGAGAAGCCCUACCCGUGUGGAGUCUGUGGCCGCCGCUUCCGAGAGUCAGGAGCUCUUAAAACCCACCUGCGCAUACACACAGGUGAGAAGCCAUACUCUUGCUCUGAGUGUGGAAACUGUUUCCGCCACUUGGACGGUUUGCGCAAACACAGGCGCACGCACACCGGAGAGAAACCCUACGUGUGUGCCAUCUGUGGGAAGCGCCUGAGCCGCCUGCAGCACCUCAAACACCACCAGCUCAUCCACACCGGAGAGAGGCCGUGCUGCUGCCCCUUCUGCAACCGCAGCUUCAAGGAGCCUGCAGCGCUGCGGAAACACAUCCGCACGCACCGGGAGGAAGGUGGUCACAUGGGAAUUGGUGCCAGUGAUGACACAGACCCAGAUGCCAUGGAUGACAUAAACAACCUCCAUCCCGCAGCUCCAUCCCCUCAGAUGAGGUUUGGGGAGUGGGGAGCAGAGGAAGACGACAGCUCAGUUGUGGACUGUGUGUAGGGGAUGAUUAGAGGAGUAACUGUCGGUUGGUAAUCUUACCAUAAAACAUGGAAUAAGGUGUUCCUCUAGUUUAACAUGAUGGAUUCCAUGCUGUUAGAGUGAAGAAUUGGGCUACGUAUAACACUAGCCUAAGUUUUGUUUAUAUCUGACAUUUUCAUGUUUUCAUGUCAGCAGCAAGUAUUUCUUUUUUUCCCGGACAUUAAUCAAGCAGCAGCAGUAGAGUAAAGGUUGUUCUUGGCACAGGCAUUUGCUGGUUUUCCAGCUUCCCGACAAUAAUUUGGGAAAUUGAUGGCAGAAGUGGACAAGAUUUGGUUCCCCACUUUAAAAAUAUAAGUGUUUUGAACACUCACUCAACCAUCAACUGAGUCACUGCUGCUGCUGCCGUUUAAGAUUGUCCCCACCUGGAACAUUAGUCAGGACAAGCUCUAGACAUGAUUUUCUAAAAAAAGCUUUUGGCAGCACACAGAGCUGCUCAAGUAUAGUACACAGCAAUAGAUGCAUAGUGCUGGUUCAUGCCUCAUGUGUAGGACAAACCAUGUUCAUUGUGUAGCUGGGCAUUUUUGACUAAACCCAUUAUCACAGUAUUAUGGUUCAAGUUUUUGAUCUUGGCAGAGUGCUCACGUUUGGAUCUCUACUAUUGGUGCUUUCACACAGUAUUUUUUGAAUCCAACAGAAUCUACAACAGAAACUGAACAACAACAUUGUAACUUGAUCUUUUUCACUUUCAUCCUUUAAGACCAGGAAAAUCCAACAUUUAAACUGGCACUAUUAACCAAAAUCCCACUUGAUAACAGGCUCCUAUUAUGAUAUGGAGAUUAUCAAUAUGUCUCCCAGGUCUACCUCAGUACUCAUCCUCCUUUUUUAGUUUACUUAUAUCAUCUGAUUGCUUUGACUCAUAAUUAAGAUGAUUCUAUGAAUAAGUCUGUUAAAUUGUUUCUCCCAGUGAUUGUCCCACUGUGGUUGGAUGCAGUCACAUUUUAAGGACCCAAUGCUUAUUCAAGACCAAAGCACAUUUUUGAAUAUUAUUGUAAUGCCACACAUGUCACCGUUGUUCUCAAGUAGUAAUUAAUGACUACAAAAAUACUGUAAAAAAAACAUUUAAUUGACAAAAAUAAUUCCUAGCUGACAUAACCGGGUGGAUUUUUGAGUGAAUUUACACGGUCAUGAGUGUGUGACUUGAUGAGGCAUGAACCAGUUUGACCCCUCCUCUCUAAGUCCUGCUCUGCUCUGUCUUAUCUCUUCUUUUCACUGUGCAGAGCCCUCAUCAGUUACACAGUCGUAACAUUUUGUCAAGCUGAAGCUAUCUGUGUCAAGCAUAUCUUAAGUUUGAAGAUAUAAGUACAGGCAUUUUAUUUUUGCACCAAAACAUACUGGGUUAUUUCAAGAGAUCCAGAACAUCAGCUUGCACCAGGAUACACAGCUUAAAAGAUGUUUUACUGUUUCUCUUGUCCGAUUAUCAUCUCUCUCUUCUGGACCAUAUCUUAGCAUUCCAUUUUUGUUUUUGUUUUUUGUUUAUCAUGCAAGCUGCUACUAUAUGUCUAUAGAACCUUUCCUUUCCCAGACUUAUAUUAUUGUUACCAGCCAGUUACUAGCGAUUACUAGCAGACAGACUUUGGUGCUUGCAUGUGCAUAUUUGUUCCUCCGCUGGCAACGAUGCCUCCUGGGUGUUUCUGUAUAUAAGAAUGUAGUUUUAGCCAUUUUAUCCAGUUUAAUAAGGGUUAACGUUUGUGGAAAAGUUAAUGUGCAACAAUUACUUUUUUUUUUUUUUUUAAUGUAACGUGCUUUGUAACCAUCGGUAUGCUAAUAUACAAUGUAAAUAUAUAAAACCUUAUUAAAUUUCUUCCUGAUGUUCUUCCUGAUGCUCUGAUAUGACACGACUGAUGCAUCAGGUUUAACAACAGAGCAUUAUUCUUCACAGCCUUUUGAGCUAUACUGUAGGUCUCUGGUGUCAUUUACCAUGUAUACUACUACUAUAAUGAUCUCUAUGUACAUUUACAAGUGUAAGUCAUUUUACAAGGCACUCAAAAUGUUGAAUAUAUGUAACUGUAUACCCACAGUACAAUUUGCCAAGGUAGUCUUUAUCCCAGAUAAUCAUAUUUAUUGAUUUUUGUAUUACAUACGGGGGGAAUUUGCAUGUAGGUUUCAACUGAAAUGGCAUUCUUUCCCCAACAGGUCAGUGUUAAAUGUGAAAUGAAUUACUUUUUUAUGCUUCUGUGUACAAAAUAUAUUCCCUCACAUCACAUUCAUCCUGUUACCUACUGUAAAUGUUACUAUAUUAAAGGGCCUUGUUUGUA